AUGGCCGUGCUUCCCCGGGUCGAUAAUGGAGCAGAUUCCAGUUUAUCCAGACCCAACAUCUCCCUCAGCCCCAAUGAGGUCAUUGACCCAGGGGCAAACGUCACCAUCCGGUGUCAGGGGCAGUGCCAGGACGUGAGGUUCUUCCUGCACAAGGCUGGAGACCUGAACCCGCAGCGACACAUGGACCCUGCUGGGGCCAGGGCCGAGUUCCGCAUCCCCAGCGUGGACCGGCAGCACGGAGGGAGCUACAGCUGCAGCUACCGGCCCCGAUCAGAGCCCUUCGUCUCCUCGCAGCCCAGUGACACUGUGGAGCUGGUGGUAGCAGAAAGAAACUUGAUGACUUGGCCCAUCAUCGCUGGGGUGAGCGCAGCAGCCGCCGUCCUCCUCCUCCUCGUGGCCUUUGUCGGCUUCAGAAAAACCCGAGCCAGAAGAGGAGCCGCACAGAGACCGAGCAGCAGCAGCCUUAUGGAGGCAUUAAAUGCGCCAGCUCAGCAAGACUCCACCUACGCCUCCAUCAACAAAGGAAAACAGCCACAGACCCCGCCCCAGGAGCCCGAGCCCAGUGACAACGGACUCACCUACGCCGAGUUGAACCACCAGCCACUGCAGGUUAAGCGCGGGGGGCCGGCCUCUGCCCCCGAGCCUGCCCAGCCCAGUGUGUACGCCGUGAUCAACAGCCAGUCGCACCAUCCAUCGCUCCACAGGUGCCGCUUCCUCCUCUGGGUCCCCAGCACCAUGAGCCCCGCUCCUGCCCUGCUCCUCGCCCUGGGCGUCAUCUGGACCCGCCUCCCAUUGGCUGCUGCUCAUGAGUCGCCUGUCCAAGACUCCCCCUACCCCAAGCCCUCCAUCUCCCUCAGCCCCAGCGGGGAGAUCGCGCCGGGGACGGACGUCACCAUCUCCUGCCAGGGGCCGCGGCAGGGCGUGCGGUUCAAGCUGUACCGGGCCAGGGUCGUGCGAUGGCACACGGAGCCAGCCGGCUCGACGGCCGAAUUCCGCAUCCCCAAUGCCCGGCGGGAGGACGGGGGCAGCUACACCUGCAGCUACGAGAGCCUGAGAGAGCCGCCCGUCAGCUCCCCCCACAGCGACCCCGUGCAGCUGGUGGUAGAAGCUCACUACUCCAAGCCCUCCAUCUCCCUCAGCCCCAGCGGGGAGAUCGCACCAGGGACGGACGUCACCAUCUCCUGCCAGGGGCCACGGCAGGGCGUGCGGUUCAAGCUAUACCGGGCCGGGGUUGCGCGGUGGCACAUGGAGCCGGCCGGCUCGACGGCCGAAUUCCGCAUCCCCAACGCCCGGCGGGAGGAUGGGGGCAGCUACACCUGCAGCUACGAGAGCCUGAGGGAGCCACCCGUCAUCUCCCCCCACAGCGACCCCGUGCAGCUAGUGGUAGCAGGGCCCCCCCCGAGGCAGGAUUACCCCCCGUUUGCCAUCCUCCGUUUGUCCCUGGCCGCCGGGGUCCUGCUGGCUCUGGUGGUCAUCCUGGCCGAAGCCGCAUACAGCUGGAGGAGGACCCCCCACCUGCUGACCCCCCAACGGCCCGGUGGGGAGCAGGGCUGGCAGCCUGAGGGGCAGAUGGAGGCCCCAGCAUGGGAACUGCAGCCCCCCCCAAUUCCUGCCCGGUCACUGGGGACAGAGACAGCAGGACACACACACGUGUGGGGACAGGGGGCGGUUAUCAGACCUGCGGCCCCAUCCAUAUCGGUAUCCCCGCCCCACUCCCCACCCCUGCCCCAGCCCCCACAGAUGAGAUCCAUGCAUCAUCCAGCCUGCUCUCCCCACCUCAUCCCCGCCCCCACCCCGCCCCCUCAAAUCUGA